AAAAUACGAUUAGACAAUAAAUUUGUAUAAAUGAUAAAAACUUUAUUUUGUUUGAUGCAGUUAAAUAAUAUAGAACUAUUAUAUUUAAUAUUUAUGUCGUUUGAAUUUUAUAAUUUUAUAGUAAUAUUAGGUGAUACCUAAAAUAAUAAUGGCAACAAUAUCUGAAUUGUUAAAAUCCACUGCAACCGAAGAAGAAGAAGAGCCAAAAAAAAAAUCACGCGAAGAUUGGAGAAAAGCUAAGGAACUUGAAGAAGCCCGAAAAGUAAGUACCUAAAUAUAUUAAACUAAAAUAUAAAUAUUAAAAUGUAUCAUCAUAGGCGGGUACAGCUCCAGCUGCUGUCGAUGAAGAAGGUAAAGAUAUCAAUCCACAUAUUCCACAAUAUAUAUCAUCGGCACCAUGGUAUUAUGGAACUUCUGGUCCAACAUUGAAACAUCAACGUGUACCUGGUAAAAUUCAAGAAUAUUCAAGUUUAAACGAAUGGUAUAAACGAGGUGUAAACACUGUAAGUAUUUUUAAAAACGUAUUAUAAUACCUACCCACAAUUAAUAAUUAAUUAUUGAUUUUUUUCGUUAACAAUUAACAUUAUUUAAUUAUUUUUGAUUAUUAAUAGUUAGGUAAUAUUAAUAAUUAGUUUAUUUAUUGCAUAGCUAUUUGGUUUAAUUAAUCAUUUAUUUAUUCUUCAGGAAUCCGUGAGCACUAAAUUCCGCAAAGGGGCGUGUGAAAAUUGUGGUGCUAUGACACACAAAAAAAAAGAUUGUUUUGAAAGACCACGUAAAGUUGGAGCAAUACAUAAUUCUAUUAAUAUCGCUCCAGACGAACACGUACAACCUGAACUUAAUCAAGAUUUUGAUGGUAAACGUGAUAGAUGGGCUGGGUAUGAUCCUGCUCAACAUAAAACAAUUGUUGAACAGUAUCAAAAAAUUGAAGAAGCUAAACGUGAUCUUCGAGCUCAAAAACUAAAUGCUGAUGGAGAUGAAAAAGAAGUAAAUUAUAUUAGUUUUAUUACAUUGUUUUCUUUUUUUUUAAAUUUUAUAAGACCUUUAAAUGUUACAGUUUAUUUCUCUUGAUUGCUUAAGUUCCAACAUGGUCCCCCGUACACUGUCCAUCCAUCUUUGUCACAGUCUCCUCAGUGACCUCGUCCCUUCCAUUUCUUUGUUUAUGUUCAUGUCUAUGUUUCCAUCUAAUUAGUUUUCCUUCUACUCUCUAAAAUGCCUCAUCCAUUCUAGUCUUGUACUUCUAAUAAACCAAACCACAUUUUCUCUCUCUUUUAUAAAGUGUACUACUAAGUACUUAGUUUUUCAUGUAUUUUGUUUUUUCUAUGUAAACUCUUAGUCCGAUACUUUCUCCUGCUUUCAUCAGUUCCAUCAUGCUCUUUUUCACGUCAUCUUGUGUUUUUCCUAUAGUUACUAUAUUGUCAGCAUGUGCAUAUUUCCAUCUCUUAAUGUCAAUGAUUCAGUUUGUGUUACUUUUCGUAACACGUUUUCUAAUGCAAGGUUGAAUAGCACUGGUAACAUAGCAUCCCCUUGGCGUUGUUCAUUUUUGAUAUUAAAGGCAUUCUUACAUCCGUACAUUUUACCCUGCUAUAGGUUUAUUGUAUAAUAUAAAAUAUUUAUUUAAAUUAUAAUAUGUAGGCUAAUAGUUCUGCUGAUGAAAAUGACGAAGAUAAAUAUGUAGAUGACUUUGACAUGCCCGGAACAAAAGUGGACAGUAAACAACGUAUUACUGUCAGAAAUUUAAGAAUUAGAGAAGAUACAGCAAAGUACCUCAGAAAUUUAGAUUUAUCAUCAGCUUAUUAUGAUCCUAAAACCAGAUCAAUGAGAGACAAUCCACAUAAACCGGGAGAAGAUCCUGAACAGUAAACUUGAAAUAUAAAUCAAUGUAAUAAUAAUUAAAUAUUAAAUUUUUUUUUACAUUUUUAGAGUAGAAUACGCUGGUGAAAAUUUUGUUCGAUUUAGUGGCGAUACUACCAAACAUGCCCAAGCUCAGUUAUUUGCCUGGGAAGCAUAUGAACGCGGUGUCGAUGUGCAUCUAUUGGCUGAACCAACAAAAUUGGAGCAACUAAAAAAAGAAUAUGAAACUCAUAAAGAUCGAUUUAAGAAGAAAACUGAAAAUACAGUAUUAGCGAAAUAUGGUGGCGAAGAACAUUUAGAAAAACCACCCGUUCAAUUAUUAUUAGCCCAAACAGAAGAGUACAUUGAAUAUUCUAGAAGAGGAGAUAUUAUUAAAGUAUGUCUCGGUUAUAAAUUAUAAAUAUAAUAAUAGUGUUUUUGUAAUUAUUUUUUUUAUAUAGGGUGAAGAAAAGGGAGCAAUACGUUCACGUUAUGAAGAAGAUGUUCACCCAUCUAAUCACUCUUCUAUUUGGGGUUCUUACUGGGAAGCUGGACAAUGGGGCUACAAAUGCUGUUGUUCUUUGGUGCAAAACUCUUAUUGUACGGGUAAAUCUGGAAUUGCGCUGUCCAAAAAUGUACCUGAAUUAGGAAAAAUUAUAGCCGUUGUUGAUAAUAAUGUACCAGAAUCUAGUUUUAAUUUAAAAGAUGUUGAUAAAAUUGAAUCAAUCGCUGCUCCACAAUUAUCAUCUUCACCGUCUUCAUCAGAUUCUGAAAAUAAAUCAAAAAAGAAGAAGAAGAAAAAGAAAAAGAAGAAGAAGAAGUUGGAGAAGAAAUCUAAAAAAGAGGACGUAAAAGAUGCAUUAAAAAAGGCAUUAGAAAAAGAAGAUGAACGAUUAAAAGAAGUUGAUAGAAUAAUGAAAAUGGAUGAAAGAAAACGUCCUUAUAAUAGUAUGUAUGAAGUAUCUAAACCUACUGAUGAAGAAAUUGAAGCAUACAAUAUGAAAAAGCAUAGAGGUGAUGAUCCAAUGGCCAACUUUAUUUAAGUUUUACAUUUAAUGUAUAAAUUAUGUAUCUCUAUUGUAUUAAUUUCUCAAUACAUCUAUAAAAACUGUUAUUUUAGGUUAUGAUGUGACACUUAAUAUUUGUAUAUUUAGUUCUUAAAAUUACAUAUUAUAAAUGAAAUUCAAACGAUUAUGGCUUUUA